AUGUCAAGCAGCAAAGUUGAGGAAAAGGAAGAUUUAUUAUUACACCUGAACGAAAUUAAAACAACUGUAACAGGGAUCGAAGCGCAGCUUGAUGUUCUUGCAGGUCACUUUGAAAAAACAGCUGCUGCGGCUUCGCUAGCUACAAACGUGAUGUCGCUAUGGACUAAGUCGUCGUACGCCAGUUCACCUGCAGCUCCUCGGCAAUUUUCAGUGCAUCGAACUAGAUCUACAGAGAAUAUUAAUACUGAUGACUAG